UAAAACAGGAGCGUCCUUCGGUGAGUCCUUGGGCAGCUCGGGGAGUACCUCCCUUGCAACCGACCGGAUUAUCCACGCCAUCGACGGGCUACGCAAGGCCCAAGACGAGGACAAGACCGGCACCAAAGGGACUCUUACUUCUGUCAAGGAGCCCGAGAAGCUCGACGUUUUCUUGGCCCGCGGGUGUGGGGAGACCCAGGUCGAACUCUGUCCGGGUGUCUACGGCAAGGAGCUGUUUCACGGCAUCAAGCGGGCGGUGGAGGCUUGGAACCCACCUACUGACCACCGGCUCGAGCAACGGUGCAAAGCGCCCGCCGCUUUUCUCACCUGGCUUCGUUACGCGGAGAAUGCAGUCAAAGUGUUUGGCACCGCAUAUGGACUGGAACACGUCCCCGAGAGGUUAGCGUUCCUGUCUUUUCUGCGCGAGGCCAACGAAGAGGCCAUUCGGGAGAGCCGGCGCCAGCUUUGUGCGAAACUCGGCACGGAGAAUCCUCGCCUUGAGGAUCUCAAGCUGAUAGCCCUCGCCCCAAACGAUGAUGGCACUCCAAAUUUUCAGUUUCCGCGAGUGUGGGACUUAAAAGACCCACAAGGCUACUUCCAGACAGUCGUCCUUCCUCGCCAGCAGCGCGCCAUGACACGGCUCCUCAACAAGCAGCUCCACGAGCAGGCUUUGGGCAGUAAUCGACGGCCGAAUAAAGCAGCUGGCGCUGACACCGGCAGCUACGAGGAUGAGGUCGAGACCGACCCGAAAGCCGGUAAACCGGCGCCGGAGGACGAUCCGCCGGAAGCGGCGGUGACAGCAUGUCCCAAGACAUCUUGCUCGGCCACGUACUCAGGAGGCGCAGUUCACCUCACUUCUAAGCUCUACCCCAAAGGCCUGUCGUUGCCAUUCGAGGAUCACCUCGAUAAGCUUGAAGUGAAGGAGGGUUCCCCUCCAUUGUUUGGGGCCGCACCGGCCAUGGAGAGCAGGCAGUGUCUCUGUCUCCACGUCGGACGGGUGUUCGCACCAGACCCCAGCCAAGCUGUAGCCCUGGCUCAGGACCUUCGAGGAGAGCUGUCUGAGGCGCAAGGCUACUUAGGCGACGCUGCUCCAAUGAUCUCUGAAGCCGAGGCAUUUGUGCGGCACAAUGCCCACGAUUGUCUGGCACCUCAUCAUGAGAAGGACUAUCGUGUCCUCCAAUUGUUUGCCCCCUCCUUCAUGAGCGGACGCGUCUUGGUGGUCCUGCGUGUGGUUCGCGACCUCGAAGCCCAGGGAUGGGCCUCCUUCUUGGAAAGUGGCGAGGGCGUCGGAGCGGACUCCACUACCGAUCGGCCUGACUGGGACCCGGCGGAGGUGCCGGAGUUUCCCUCCACACGCCUGCAGGAUCGCCCAUCCUUCAAGCACGGCCAGGAAGUGUUCGCCGGCUGGGCCGGUUGGACGGAUCCCCAGGCAGAGCACGAUCUCACUAAAGCCCCGGUCGUUAAGCGUCUGCGCGACUUGGCUGCGGCCACUCCGGCGGCCCCGGGCGUCCCGAACUUUUGGCAGUUUGGGUCACUGCACCACAUACUGUGA